GUCCAUUUCAUGCGUGGAACAUAACAGGAACUUAUCGAGGAAAUUGGAAAUUUAUGGAAUCUAUGAAUAGCUCUUCCAAAUUUCCCGAUUUCAGGAAAUCAGCUGGUGAUUCAAUCAUUGAAUUAGUUUGCACACCAACCAAAAUAACUGGUGUACAUUAUGUUCAGGGUGUAAUUAUUUUCCAUGAUGUGUUUGAUAACAAACACAAUGUUGGUGGUGCUCAAAUAAGGGUAGAGGGUGUAUAUAUAUGGCCUUUUAGACAGCUUCGAAUGGUAGCUAACAGGUAAAUCUUGACUACGUUUAUUGCUCAGUAAAAGUUCUUCCAGCU